AUGGCUGAAUACAUACACAAAUACGACGAGGUCUGCCCUUCGGGCGUUAUAAUCAACUUUGCCGUCGAUGUGCUCGGCCAGUCGCGCGGCCCCGUCGCGUGCGUCCUGAUGAACGCGGCCGAGGUCGCCAUCUUCCACCACGAGCUGCGAAAGUCCACACAAGCCUUUCCCGCCGACAGGAUUGCGGUCCUCGCCGACAAGGUCGCCGUCCUCGCCGACCCCGCCAGCUUCUGGGCCGACCGCGAUGGCAAGCUCUGGCUCAUGACAUACCCCCAGCUCAGCGGGAUCCUGACCGCAUUCCCGGGCUGCCUCGAGGAGGACCUGGCGCUGCUCAUGCACAUGGGCUGUGGUCAGUACACAUGGGACAUUGUCAAGGCCUGCCACGACCUGUGGAAAUGCGGACAAAACAUGGAGGUCGGCUUUCGGAAGCCCGUCGUCCAAGUCUUCACCAUCGGGACCGUCCGCAACCUCGGCACGGUCCUGGUGCUCCCCGUCAGGUUGGGCUUAUGCUUUGACAGGCGCGUCUCCCAGGUGGUUUGGAGGACAAAUGUUUCCAUGUCGAAGGCGGAGGUGCGCUACGCCUCCCGGGUCGCCUGCAGCCCCAGCGGCAGCCUCGAAAGCCAUGUGGUCUCCGUCUUCACCACCGUGGCCGGUUUCAAGAAGCUCCCUCCGGCCCCGACAAACCCGCCUGCCUUCACGGGCGACUUCCCCGCCGUUCUCCUGUUCUUCUGCGAACAUUCGUACUUUGACGGCGGCGGCAAUAUCUCGCCUAUCGCUCUUCCCAAAGACGAGGAGAUGACAGACGAGUAUCUGAGGAGGCUAGAGGUCAGGGGCCUGACCGAGAGCCAGGGUGGCCCGCCCACAAACCUGGGCAGGAUCACUUCCUGGUGGCACCACGGUGGCGUGCGCAACUUCGACGUUGCGAACCUGCUGGCGAUCGCGUCCACGACCCAAGGCGCCAGAGCCAGCGCGCUUGUGCAGAUCGCCGCCGUGGUCUACCACCCUGACUCCCCGUUGGUCUCACCUAUCUUGUCCUUGAUGGACUUUCAUAUCCCAGAGGGCAGGUCGGCCGAGUUCCACAGCCUUCUCCAGACCCGGGACGAGGUGCUUGGUUUCGCCCGGGGAUACGUCGAAAGGGGCCCAAUCUGGUUCGCUGCUGCUCUGUGGGCGAGGCACAGGAAUUCACAACAACUGGAAUUGGCCAAGGACUUCAGCACGUGCAAUGGCAUGCUGCACGUCUCCCCAAAUGCGCUCAGCGUGGUUGAGAGCAACUGGGCGACCAUGAGCCAGACGUGGGCCAACGCCAUGGGUGGCGUACAGCUCGACCAGAGCCCACUCAUCAGCGAGGAAGACUUCCUGUUCCUUGAGGAGUCCAUCGUGCGCGUGUGGAUGCACAACCUGGUCAUGGUGAACACGUUAAACUCCGGGCCGGGCUGCGUGUUCGCGUCCGACCUCACGUCCGGGUGCCCGAUCGCCAGGCCUGUCAGAGACCCGGUCAACUGGGUCCGGCUCGUGUUGAACAAAAGCGACGCCGCUAACGUCCCCGGCCCAGAUUCCGGCACCCCCCCCCAUUCCGGCCACCCUUGCCACACAUACAUGCCUUCUUAUUAA